GUAUCAAUACUGGAUACGUACAACAUGCACUACAUCUAAUAUGGUGUACACCCUACAAAAUAAACUUCAUAUAACUUCAUUUUCUGUGUUAGAUUUAUAUUAUCACCACAGAGUUGUACGUCUAUGCUGAAUUCAAAUAAACAGAUUAUUUUCAAUACGAAUGUAAGUGAAGUGUGAUUAUAAUUUGAUUUUUUAAGAGUUUUGUUGGUUAGACAAGAAAUUACAUCACAUGGUCUGAUUACGUAUUAUGUCUGUUUGAGUUGAGAUUUGCAUGUUGCAGAUUAAAAGUUGGGCCAAUUGACAAUUUGGUUUAGUUCGACCUCUCUCACCUUGAAUUGAGACAUUUUCUCACCUGCAAUGGCAUCCAUAAAGUCAUUAAACUUAUUAGGAAGUAUAAAUAAAGUAAUUACUAGAAGAUCUUUUUCAACUACAAAUGCCGUAGCUACCAAGCAAAUGACUGUAAGAGAUGCCCUCAACUCGGCUAUGGAUGAAGAAAUGGAAAGGGAUGAGAGGGUUUUUAUUCUAGGUGAAGAGGUAGCUCAGUAUGAUGGUGCUUACAAAGUUACAAGGGGACUUUGGAAAAAAUAUGGUGAUAGGAGAGUUAUUGAUACACCUAUCACUGAAAUGGGUUUUGCAGGCAUUGCAACGGGAGCUGCUAUGGCAGGUUUAAGGCCCAUCUGCGAAUUUAUGACAUUCAAUUUUGCCAUGCAAGCGAUUGAUCAAAUAAUAAAUUCGGCAGGCAAGACAUUCUACAUGUCAGCUGGACGUGUAAAUGUACCAAUUGUGUUCAGAGGACCUAACGGAGCAGCUGCCGGAGUAGCAGCUCAACAUUCUCAAUGUUAUGGAGCAUGGUAUGCUCAUUGUCCUGGAUUGAAGGUAAUUUCUCCAUACAAUUCAGAAGAUUGCAAAGGUCUUUUAAAGGCAGCCAUCAGAGAUCCGGAUCCAGUAGUAUUCUUAGAAAACGAACUAUUAUAUGGUGUUCAAUACACGAUGUCUGACGAAGCAUUAAGUAAAGAUUACAUCUUACCUAUAGGAAAAGCUAAAGUAGAAAGACCAGGUAAACAUCUAACAUUAGUAGCUCAUUCAAAAGCAGUAGAAUUAUGCUUAGACGCCGCCAAAGAAUUAGCUGGUAAAGGAAUAGAAGCAGAAGUAAUUAAUCUCAGAAGUCUCAGACCAUUAGAUACUGAUACAAUUGCUAAAUCUGUAUCUAAAACAAAUCACCUAAUAUCGGUUGAGCUAGGUUGGCCUUCGUGUGGCAUAGGCGCCGAAGUGUUGGCAAGAAUAAUGGAAAGUGAAACAUUCUUCCAUCUUGAUCAACCCGCAAUUAGAAUAACUGGGGCAGAUGUACCAAUGCCGUAUGCUAAAACAUUAGAAACAGCUGCUUUACCACAAGUCAAAGAUGUAGUUGAAGCAUCCAAAAAAUUAUUGAAAGUUAAGUAAUAGAAAUCAACCAAUUCGAGCUCAUUGUGAAAAUCGUGAAGAAAAAAUCAAUGCAAGGAAGAAAGUUCAAAUGUAGAAUAAUACGUUUAAUGGUUUUACAACUUUGGAACAUGUGGUACUGAUUCCACUGGCACAUUCAACUAAAAUAAAAUUAUUUUCAUAUCGUCGAGCAGGAAUUUAAUUUUGAUUGACGAAUUUUAUGAUGAAUAAUUCGACUAGAAGAUCGUUUUUGAGGGAAUUAUUCAUUGACUACAUGUUCUAAAAAUAUGUCAAAAUAACCUAAAUAAUUUUGAAACUUUAAUAUGUACUUUAUUUUGUUUAGGAAUAAUUUUAUUUAUAAUUAUGCAUCAGUUAUCAUCGAAGUAUUAUGUAAGCAGAAAAAUAUUACAUACAGGGUACCAGAAGUUCCUUUUUUGCUUCUCUAAUUCGUUUAAAGCUCUUUUUUUUGUUCGUUCCAAAUUAUGUAUUGAUAUUUCUUCCUGUCUUAACCACAAAUAAUUUUGGAAAACAAGCAUUUUAUAUUCGGAUUUUGCACAAAACUUUUAGAUUAUAUAACAUAUCUUUUGUUUGUCGGAUCAGUUUUACUCAGUUCAAUUCCUCGCAUUGUAAACUAUCGAAAAUAAAUUAUUAUUUGUUAUAUAGA